CAGAGACACGGCGGGCGGCCCAGCAGCGACCCGACACCACCAACGUCACCACUUUCGGGUCAGGGAGGAUGGGUAGCCAGGGGCAGGACUGCACACACGGCAGGGGAGGCGUGUUGAAAAAGGCCGGCAGCGGCCCGGCCCGGGGUGGUGGUGGUCGUGAGUUGAGUCAGAAUGUCUGUGGGGUGCGCAUCGCGGGCGACGCCGACAAGGACGUACACCAGCAGGUCAGUCAGUAGUGAGUGAGUGGGAGAGCACCGCACCUGAAGACCUCUCACCCACCCCACCCAACAUUGACCCGUGUGUGCCAUGGCAUGGUGUCGUGUCAUUCAUGGAUGUGAUUGAUGCAGAGUGGGCGUGUGGGUGGGGCCAGUGAGCCAUUCGAGCAAGCAACAAGCGGUCGAAGGCGUGCGUCUCAACCGAGGUGCACUGCUGAGAAUGCGCGGAUGGACACUCUCUCACAGGUCAGUUAGUCAGUCAGUUUUCCAGCAAGCAGCAACUGUCCCAUCCACCCCACCCCCACACACGAGACAGACCAGCGGCCACUGAUUGAUUCCUGUCAGACUGUGGCUGCAUGUCUGUGGCAUCGGUUGGUUGUGUGUUAUCCAUGCCAUGCAGGUGGCGGCAGGUCUUGGGACUCUUGGCCCAGUGGAGGACGUCGCGCCCCUCUCAGCCCCCUCUUGCCUCUCUCGCCCAAGUGCCCCCAGUCGCCCUGGCCCACUGGUGGCGUCCAAGGCCGACGGCAGCAAGAUCAAGACCCAGACACAGCACAACAACGGCACGGCACGCGCCGCCAAGAGCACCACCAGCCAGCACACUCCAUCCACAGCCACAGGGCCAUCCAUCAAGCGCAGCACAGCCAGGUCCGCCGCCUCUCGUGGCAACCGUGUGGGCGUGCUGCCGGCUUUGGAGGCGAGCAACACAAUAGCGAACAACCUCGACCUCACAUCUCCCAAGGACCGGUGA